UGUCUGUGUUUAAGUUUGUACCGACACGAUUUAUCUUAUCGAUACUGACUUGUCUUCACAUUCGCAAAUAGGUCAUUGCAUUGCAAAGAUAAAACUAUUUAGCUAUAUAUUAAAUUCGCACUUUUUUGCUGGCACAGCCAUAGAACACGUUUCGGCGACGAACAUGCUCUUCGGAAUCUGCUUUGUUCUGGCUGUUUCCAGCAUUAAUUGCGUUCACUGCUUGACUUGCCUGUAUUGCACGGGUAUUCAGAGUCCUCGACAUUGCAACUAUGUCAAGGAUUGUAAGCCUGACGAGGUGUGCAAUGUUCAUCAGACCACAAACGCAUACGGGGAUGUUGUGUUUGACGUGGGUUGUGCGCACCAUUCGGUGUGCUCCAACCGAACCCAUGGCAGCAAAACAUGUGACAGCUGUUGCACUACAGACCUGUGUAACGCUGCUGGAUGUGGAAUGAUAGGAUAUCCUUCUGCGCGGGGUCCAGCUUGUUACAACUGUCCAGCACAGAUCACCGAUGGUACAUGCCACGUAAUUGAUGUGUGUGGAAGUAAUGAGGUAUGCAUGAUCAACGAAAAAAGAGAGUUUGGAGACAAAGUGUACACAUCUGGGUGUGUAGGAUUAACGCAUUGUGAACUUCACACCAUCGACAUCUCACAAAUAAUUGGAAGGUCGAUCUCGGAUCAUGCAAGGUCAUUGACAGAAACGGUUUGUCACAAAUGUUGCCAUGACGACCUUUGCAACGCACAUUGUGAAACAGUCUUCUGCGCAUCAAAUCCAUGCGAGUAUGGAACGUGUAUCAAUGGAAAAGAAAAUUACACGUGCAUAUGUGACAACUCACAUACAGGUCGAACUUGCUCAGUACCGAUACAAAGUGGGAGAGACUGCAAAGAUCUAAGAAACGUUACUCACAUCAGUGGUGUGUACAACAUGCAACCAGAGGGUCUAAAUGAAACCAUUGAAGUGUACUGCGACAUGACAACGGAUGGAGGCGGUUGGACGGUAUUUCAGCAUCGGUUUAACGGCUCGAUUGAAUUUUUCCGAAACAUGUCAAGCUACGAGAACGGCUUCGGAGACGCUCAUGGAGAAAUCUGGCUAGGUUUGAAAUAUAUUUAUGCAAUGACGUCGAACGCCAAUUCCGAGUUACGGAUUGACUUGAUUGCGGCUGACGGAUCCACGGCGUAUGAAGUAUUUCCUAACUUCCGACUGUCGGCAUCACCAAACUACACGCUGCAUAUUGACCAAAGCAAUGGAACUGCAAAUGGAAACCUGGGACUCUUCUACAGCAACGGUGCGAGCUUUCUCACAUAUGACAAUGAUCCUGGGGGGUGCGCCGAUCAAUUCCACGGAGCGUGGUGGUAUCACAUGUGUUCGUGGUCUAAUUUGAAUGGCAAAUACUAUGCCCCAGGAUCAAACCAUGACGAUGGCACGGUGUACCACAAUUUUAAAGGCAGCGAAUCACUGAAAGAAACAAAAAUGGCCUUUCGAAGAAUUUAACAAAGCAUUCUGUGUUGUUCACAAAUAUCAGUAUAUAUCCUCGAGUUUGUAUUGGAUUACAAUAAAACAAAAAUAUGUGUA